GACUAGCGAGCUGCAGUGUACAUUCGAUUGCGGUCAGCAAUGCGCCGUGGCAUUACUUUCUCGUGCUGGGCGGCAGUUUCGCGUCUACGACCUCGAGCGGAGCGGCGUACUUGUGAAGUGCGGCAGCCGCAUAGGAGGCGGAGAGCCUGCGUGCCUUAGCGACACCACGUCUGCGCUGUCGACGAAUGGCUAACGGGUCGCCAGGAAGCGCAAAGUACAUUUGAUGCCACUUCCUCCUUGCCAUCGGUGUUUCUUUCGCCCAAUAGCUUGCACGUAUUGUCACGCAAUGCUUGGGACACGGCUGUGGCUAUAGGUUUUUGAGCAACCCGCGGAGGAAUAGAUGUACUGCUUACGAUAACUCCGACAUGAGGUGCCACCCGUGCGGUCUCUUUCUCCUUGUGCUCUUCUCACUUCGUGGAUCCUGUCUCGCGGUGAUCAUCCGACGGCUGAGCGUACCUCGCUGGGUGCGUAACGGCACCGAGACACCCGCGGUGCUGGACUGCGAGUACGUGUACAACGAAAAUGACCUCAAGCUGGUGGUCAAGUGGUUCUUCAACGACGGGCCCGAGCCAGUGUAUCAGUGGAUACCGGAGAUGAGGGUCCGCGAGGCGUUCGGAGUGCUUCAGGGACGCCUGGACGACACGUUUUCAGUGAACUCACGCGACGCCUACUCGCAGUACCGUGCCAUCCGCAUUCUGAGGCCCACCUGGGAGCUCAGUGGCAAGUACACGUGCGUCGUCGCGUCACUCGCGGGCCAAGACGCGCGGCACCAAGACAUGACAGUCUUCGUUCCGGCGAAAUCGUUUUCUUUCAACUACAGCAAUUCACUGCAGCUUGCAGACCAAAAUCCGCGACUGCGAUCUCAAGAACCUUCCGUGCGGUUGUUGUGUGCGGCUCGGGGCAUGUACCCCAAGCCGGAGCUGAAGCUGUUCCUCAUAAAAGGCGGCCGGCGGAGACCCGUGGGAGAAGCCGGUGUGCGAACCUUUACUAGAGCCACGGCGGAAGGGCUCUUCGAAGUGGUUCUACACGCCGACAUGGCAGAGAGCCAGCUGUCCUCGCUGGCCGACCUGUUCGAGUGUGUGCUGGAGAUUCCAUACAGCAACUACGCACAGACGCGGAGGUUAAGCCUCGCGCAAGAACUGACCUGGGGAGCUUACGGCAGCAAUACUCACACGGACCUGUCAUUUUCCGGAGACGUGACACGAGACGGAGCAAAGCACACGAGGGCAUCUCUGAUAUUACAAGGAUCUGCGGGCUUCGUAGUUGACAAUACUGUUAGUAGCAAGCUGUGGUUGUGGGUAAUGCGUUGUGAAAUGAGCGGAAUGAACUGCGAAAAAUGACACGCAAUCGUUUUGUCUAAAACAGAAAACUCGAUGGUUAACUAGCUGAGUGCCAACGCUGCAUGUCACUUGCCGUGCUACUUUCCUCAGUCGGCAUCAUCAUCCAUGAGAGGUCGCUCCCACGCGUAUUUUGACACUUUUACAUAGAGGAAAUAAGGUCUACGCAGUGAAGCUGCAGGGCUCCAUCAAAUGUUCAUAUUUGAACUUCGGAGACAUACCGACAUAUUUCGUUUACCUUUUUGAGAAUCCUAACUCAUUUCGGAUUGCAAUAUCCUGCGCCCUGUAUAUCAGCUGAAUGUCUCGCACAAUAAAUCAAGUGGAAGCAACCCGUAGAAAGACUUACUUCGGAGCCUAUACUCAACUUUUUUUUUCAUGUGUACAGAAUUCUAAUAUUUGAACAAUGUAGGCGGCCUUUAGCACCAGGAACCUUCCAGACAACAAAAUGAUUCUGCAGAUCCUCUGUUGUGUGAUUAACGAAUUAUUUAAGUAUAAAAAACCGAGAAAUCAGUAAUAAUACUGCUUGGCCCUGUGAGAUUAUAUCAUUGCAUCAUUGUGCACUUCAAGACCUGAGCACCACGUUCAUCGCAAUAAAGUGUUACGAAUGAA